GAAUUGGUGUUUCCGUCGCGCAAACGCCGCAACAGCCCAGGAAAACAAAAAAGCCCAAUUCAGAUUGCGAUCGCCGGACGCCGCCCAAUACGGGGGGAUCGCGAUCGCCAUGGCCGCCACGGGCUGGUCGGACCUCCCGUCGGAGCUCCUCACCGACAUCGCCGGCGGUAUCACCGAGCUCGCCGACAUCGCACGCUUCCGCUCCGUCUGCUCGUCCUGGCGGUCGGCGGCGGGGCACGCCGCGGCCGCGCCCCCGCCGCAGCCGCCGUGGCUCCUCCUCCCGUCCUCCCCGUCCCGGCUCUUCUUCUGCCCCCGGGAGGACCGAAUCUACCCGGACCUCCGCCUGCCCCGCCCCGCCGCCGCCGCGAGCCACCGCCGCCGCCGCCGCCUCUACGCGUCCCCGCACGGCUGGACCCUCGCCGUCGACCCCACCGAUCUCGCGGCCUCCCUCGUCCACCCUUUCACCGGCGCCACCCGCCCGCUCCCGCCGCUCCCCGCCUUCUUCGCGGAGACCGACGACCUGGCCUGGGACUGGUCCCCGCACGGCGUCAUGGCGUCCUGCGGCGAGGGCCUCCUCUUCUGCGCCGCCGACCCGCCCGCCGCCUCCUGGGCCCCGAUCCCCGCCCUGGCCGACUGCAACGCCAGCAGCAUCAACUACGCCGCCGGCGAGUUCUUCGUCUUCGAGGAGGACGUCUGCCGCACUACCGUCGUCGACGCGGUCACCCUCGACGUCGCCGGCGUCAUCCCGGCCCCCGCCGUCGAGCUCCCCUCCGAGGCGCGUCUCGUGGUUGCCGGCGACGAGCUCUUCCUCCUCGUCAAGUCCAAGUGGAUGUACCUCUUCGGCGACGACGUCGACUUCUCCAAGGCCUUCCACGUCAACCACCGCAGCGUCGAUCCGGCCUGGCAGGAGCUCGACGGCAUCGGCGACCGCGCGCUGUUCGUGGAUUCCCUCCACGGGUUCGCCGUGCCGACGGCGGGAUUCGGCAAUCUCGAGAGCAACACCAUCUACUCGGUGAGCAGCAAGGAGGUGAGCAACAGGCGUCCCACCACGGUGAACUACAGCGUGUCGGCGUUCAGCCUGGAGAGCCGUAGCUCCAAGAAACUUGCGUGCCGGCUUAACGGCCGGGAGAUGGCCAUGCGUGGCGAGAUGCCAUCAUGGAUCAUACCAAGCUUGGUUGAAGGCUGAGACUGCGUGCCUGGAGACCAUCGUCUGUGUCCUUGCAGGGUUAGGGGACGGACAAGGAUGGAUAAUAAAGGAAAGGAUGACAGGGAGAUGAUGCAUGGGCGGCGGGGAAUAGCUGCUGAUGGGAUUGCUCGUGUGCGAUAAUGAAGCAAGCACCCAAUUACCCAUGUCAUUAUUUCCUCGAGAACUUAAAAGAAGAAGAAUCGCCGGUUGUAAUCGAGUCUGACUCGACGAUGAUAGCAGCAGCUAGCGACAUUCGUUUGUUGUCGCGUGUGGUAUAAAAUGGGCGCGGUUUUACUUUGUUGUCUUAAAAAAA